AUGAAUGAAGGAAGGGAUGGAGAGACAGAUUGCAACAAAGACAAGACUCUUGAUGGAAGGAUCACGGACGUAGAGGAUGUAGUAACGGAAGAUGUAGGAAGAGAUCAUCCAAAUCAGGUUGCACUCCAGGAAGCAUAG